GCAAACCCCCCCAACCAACAACGAGAAAAAUCUCCCUCCAUCUCUGUCUUCCUCUGUCUCUCUCCUUGCCUGGGGAUACAAAACAAACUCUUGUUUUUUGGUCCUAACAGCUUCCCUUCCAUUACUUCUUCUUCUGCUGCUGCUGCUGCUGCUGUUGUUGCCGCUACUGUGUUGGAGGAGAAUGUCGCUUUCAGCGGCAGGGCAGCUGCAUGGGGCGAUCGGGUUGGGAGGUGGCAGCAGAGGGAACAACUCCAAGCUGGUGAAGUUCGGCAAUGGAGAGUUGAUGGGCAAGAAGAUCAUCCUGGCCCAAGCUGGUGUUAGUGGAGGAUCACUUGGCCGCAGCAAGAAUGCUAACACUAAGCAGGGCAUUCGGAUGUCACUCACAGCUGAUUUUGCAGCCGACUCCAAGCUGAAGGACUUGGAAAUGGAGAAGAGGAAUCCGAGGACGGUGGUGGCUAUAAUUCUCGGAGGAGGGGCUGGUACUCGCCUUUUUCCCCUCACCAAACGCCGUGCCAAGCCCGCUGUGCCGAUAGGGGGAGCAUACCGGCUCAUUGAUGUGCCAAUGAGCAACUGCAUUAACAGCGGAAUCAACAAAGUCUACAUCCUCACCCAGUUCAACUCCGCAUCACUAAAUCGUCACAUUUCCCGUGCUUACAACUUCAGCAGUGGGACCACCUUCGGAGAUGGCUAUGUCGAGGUUUUAGCAGCCACACAAACUCCAGGAGAGGCGGGGAAGAGGUGGUUUCAGGGGACUGCGGAUGCUGUGAGACAGUUUCACUGGCUGUUCGAGGACGCAAGAAGCAAGGAUAUGGAGGAUGUGCUCAUUCUUUCGGGAGAUCACUUGUAUCGUAUGGACUACAUGGAUUUUGUUCAGAAUCACAGGCAGAGCGGCGCAGAUAUCACCAUUUCCUCUUUGCCCGUAGAUGACAGUCGGGCCUCAGAUUUCGGGCUGAUGAAGAUAGACAAUAAAGGAAGGAUCCUCUCCUUCAGUGAGAAGCCCAAAGGGAAUGAACUCAAGGCAAUGCAAGUAGACACAACUGUUCUUGGGCUCUCGAAGGACGAAGCCCAGAAGAAGCCUUACAUUGCAUCCAUGGGAGUUUACGUCUUCAAGAAGGAGAUCCUUCUAAACCUCUUAAGAUGGCGUUUUCCAACAGCAAACGACUUUGGAUCGGAGAUAAUUCCUGCCUCUGCUAAAGAGUUCCUCAUAAAGGCAUAUCUAUUUAACGAAUACUGGGAAGACAUCGGGACAAUUAGAUCCUUCUUCGAGGCCAACCUUGCCCUUACAGAACACCCCCCGAGGUUUAGUUUCUAUGAUGCUGCAAAGCCAAUCUACACAUCGAGAAGGAACUUGCCGCCCUCGAAGAUUGACAACUGCAAGAUUGUGGAUUCGAUCGUGUCCCAUGGAAGCUUCCUCACCGACUGCUUCAUAGAGCACAGCGUCGUCGGUAUCAGAUCCCGGAUCAAUGCCAAUGUCCACUUAAAGGACACGGUAAUGCUUGGAGCCGACUUCUACGAGACCGAAGCAGAGGCAGCGUCCCUGUUGGCAGAGGGAAGAGUUCCAAUCGGGAUUGGAGAAAACACCAAGAUCAAGGACUGCAUUAUUGACAAGAAUGCGAGAAUUGGGAAGAAUGUUGUCAUCGCAAACUCGGAGGGAGUACAAGAGGCUGAUAGAUCUACGGAAGGGUUCUCCAUCCGAGCGGGCAUAACGAUUGUACUGAAAAACUCAACAAUCCCAGACGGAUUCGUAAUAUAACUCAUCUUCAAUCUUUUUGCUGUAUAAGAACUGGAUUAUCACUGCAGAGACCGAACUUGCAGUCGAGGCAUGAUCGUGACGCAAGUGAGCAAGCGGCAAUUGCGUUGUUUUGUAAAAUUUCUAUAGUUACAAAUUUGGGACUGGGAAAAGAAAACUGAUGUAUGCCAUUGUCAUAUUUGUUGCACAUGACUAAUACUACUUCUGUUCACUUUAGAA